CAUUUUGACCAUGGAAGGACAUAGACUCUCAUCCUACGGAAGGCGCUUCGGCUCGCAAAGCACCUCUGUCCACCAUGCCUUGAGGUUCUCGCCGGGCCGCAGAUACUUUCCUCCAUCUCCCGCUACCCAGUUCUCUGUCACUAAGCUGAAGACAGCCAGGCUAAGUUUCCAUUCUGGCCCAAAGUUCUCCUCUGACAAGGUGGAUUUUUCUUUGGCGGACGCUCUCAACAGUGAAUUCAAAGAGACCCGCAGCAAUGAGAAGGUAGAAAUGAUGGAGCUGAAUGACCGUUUUGCCAGCUACAUUGAAAAAGUUCGCUUCCUGGAGCAACAGAACAAAGUUCUUGUUGCUGAGCUCAAUCAACUUCGAGACAAAGAGCCCAAUAAGUUGGCUGACAUUUACCAGGAAGAGAUGAGGGAGCUACGUCAUGAAGUAGACCAACUCUCCAACUCUAAAGCCCGGCUGGAGAUUGAGAGAGACAACUUGCUGGAGGAUCUCAACAAUCUCCGGCAAAAAUUACAGGAUGAGAUUAAUCUGCGCCUUGAAGCCGAAAGCAAUUUGUCUUCCUACCGACAGGAUGUUGAUGAUGCUGCUUUAGCCCGGAUUGAUCUGGAACGCAAAAUUGAUUCAUUGCAGGAGGAGAUUAUAUUCCUAAAGAAAAUCCAUGAUGAGGAACUGCGGGAGCUGCGGGAAUAUUUGCAGCAGCAACAGGUUCACAUUGAGAUGGACAUGACCAAGCCUGAUUUGACAUCUGCCCUGCGUGAGAUCCGCAUCCAAUAUGAAUCCAUGGCCACAAGCAAUAUGCAAGAGACUGAAGAAUGGUACAAGUCAAAGUUUGCAGAUUUGAGUGAUGCCGCAGCACGAAACAUUGAGGCACUGCGUCUGGCCAAGCAGGAAGCUAACGAAUACCGCCGGCAACUGCAGGCCCUCACUUGUGAUCUGGAGUCUCUUAAAGGAUCGAAUGAAUCUUUGGAGAGACAACUGAGAGAGAUGGAAGACCGCUAUGCUCUUGAAACUACCAACUAUCAUGACACAAUGAUUCGGCUGGAAGAAGACAGUCGGAACUUAAAAGAGGAAAUGGCUCGUCACCUCCAGGAAUACCAAGAACUCCUUAAUGUCAAGCUGGCAUUAGAUAUUGAGAUUGCUACUUACCGCAAACUCUUGGAGGGAGAAGAGGGCAGGAUUACUAUCCCAGUACAGACUUUUUCCAAUCUUCAGAUCCGAGAAACCAGCCUUGACACAAAGUCAGUUUCUGAGGCUCGUCUGAAGAGGAGCAUUGUGAUCAGAACAGUGGAAGCUAGAGAUGGAGAGGUGAUCAAGGAGUCCACCCAAGAACAGAAGGAAGUGGCAUGAAAUAAAAACCAUACAUGGAAGAAUUUUUCUAGUUUAGGAUGCUAAGAGAGCUUUGCAUCCUUCCAGUCUUCAAUCUUGGCACAGAAACAGUUUUGGAUCUGCAGCAACCAUUGAAAAUAAGAAAUAUGCAAAUUUAAUUACCAUGCCAGAAAAUAACCAAAUAACUUAGUAGCUGGUGCUUCAGCUGACUAUAAUGGCUUUUUUGAAUUUAUUUUUAUCUUCAAUAUUUCUCUUGCAGUAACCUUUGGAGUGUCCCAAAUAGUACAGUAUUUAGACCUGGCUAUACAGGUAGUCCUCAACUUAUAACAGUUCACUUAGUGACCAUUCAAAGUUACAACAGCACUGAAAAAAAGUGAGUUAUGACUGUUUUUCACACCAUUACAGCAUCCCCAUAGUCAUGUGAUCAAAAUUUAGAUGCUUGGCAAUUGACUCACAUUUAUGAUGGUUGCAGUGUCCCAUGGUCAUGUGAUCCUCUUUUGUGACCUUCUGACCAGCAAAGUCAAUGGGAAAGCCAGAUUCACUUAACAACUAUGUUAUUAAUUUAAGAACUGUCAUGAUUCACUUAACAAAUGUGGCAAGUAAAAUCUGAAAAAAUUCACUUAACAAAUGUCACUUCGCUACAGAAAGUUUGGGCUCAAUUAUGGUCAUAAGUCAAGGACUACCUGUAUUUUGCUAAAUAAUUGUUCUGGGCUGGCUUAACAGCCAUAACUGAUGUUUCUCAUUAAAACCAAUAAAUGAAUAGGAACUUUGUUACUGCUGAUUACAGAAAAGUGCUGGUUAUGUUUACAUGUGAAAAUCAUUGACCUAAGGGAAUAUAAUUUAGAAGUAACCUUCUUUACUGAAGAUGUGUCACAGAUUGUAAAGCUUGGAUCUAUUAUUUCUUAGUAAUGAAAUCAAAUAGAUUACUUGGGGACAAGGAAACUGAUGCAUGAGGCACCUUGGCUUUUGUGUUGGGAUUACUUUCUGGCAAAACAUGAUUUUAAGAAAUGUAUAACAGACUGAAAUUUGGGGGCAAAAUAUUGUACUAUGAAUUUAUAAUGAAAUAAUUCAUGAUGAAGUUUUAGCUAUGUACCAUAUGUUAAAUGCAUAGGUUCUUUUCUAGGAAAAUAUGCAAAGACUCCCAAGGGCUUCCCAUACCUUUGCAAGAGGGGACCCUGGUGUGCAAGAGACAAGUUUUAUUUAAAAAAAUAAUAAUUUCAUUUGUGGUUUGCUUACUUCAGAUAAUAUAGAAAUUAUUUAUUUGUUGUAAUUACAUGUUGCCAUUCUUCCAAGAGCACAAGGCAACUUGCAACGAAGUUCCUUUCUCUUUUAAAAUUAUCAUUCAUGAAUAAAUGAUUAAUAUUUUUAGUUAUUUCUGUCCAUUAAUCUUGUAUUUUUCCCUCAUAGUAAUUCAUUUUGUUCACCUUUGACUGCCAUGUAGUUUGGGAAAAAUUCCAGUAAAACGUAGUGCCUGAUAUUUGUUUCCUAUAGUAUGUAUGCCUUCUGUCUACUAUCCUGUGUGCUGGUUUACUGAUUAUGAUGGAUAGCAGUUUUCCAAAUAGAUGAAUGUGUUCCAUGUUUCACUUAUGUAUGGAAAUGACUGAACAUAUAUGGUGAACAUGUAGAGGUCUCAAACUCUUUCUCCUAGAAGCCUUUUAGUUUACACGUCGUAGCUCAACCUCCUUCUUUGAAGUACUGCUUGGUAGUGGAAAAAUAAGAGGAAAAAAUGAGGCGGAAAAUGAAAUGUGUCUGUAGCACUAAGGCAUGCAGUUAAGGGCUAAAGCCAGGGGUCUGCAACCUUUAACACUCAAAGAGCCAUUUGCACCCAUUUCCCACAGAAAAGAAAACACCGGGAGCCACAAAACCCUUCCCAUACCUGACUAUUUCUUGAGCGGCCACAAAACUAGAUAUGUAGUUGAAUUAAACAUUCUGUUUUCUUCUGAAACUCUUCUUUUCUUGGAUUUAUCCAUUGUUGGCCUACCAGCCAACAAUGGAUAAAAGCUCAAUAAAUUGCAUGCCAGCGGGUGUCGCACAUUGGCUGUUGUGACACAUAUUUUGAGUGACAGGGAGCCGCAGCAGAGGGGUGAAAGAGCCACAUGCGGCUCCAGAGCCGCAGGUUGCUGACCUCUGGGCUAAGCCCUUCUUCCUUUUCCUCUUUGGGAGAUAGACCAAUCUCACAAGAAAGAAAGAAAAUAAAUUUUAAUUUUUUAAAAAUGGGGGGGAAAUAUAAAAAUACUGUUUCAGUUUUAAGAAAUCCUAUGCAAAAAUAAGUGAAAGGAGAGAUAAAAAUAUAGGAUUGUUCAAAUUACAGAUCAUGACUUCAAAAAAUUUCCCAUAGGAAAAAAAAGGGGUGUGUGUCGGAGGAUAUAUGGCUAUGUGCAGAUCAAAAGACGUUGUUUGUCUAGUUCUGUUUUAGAGAUUACUUUGCUAUAAAGGGAUUCCAAGUUGUAUAAUACAAUCACUGAUCUUAUACAAAGAAAAUAAAUACACCCCCAUCCCCCCAAAUUAGGCUUUGGCUCAGAAAAAGAGUAUAAAAUUUCUAGAUAAAAAAUUACUGUACCUAUUAUUUCAAAGAUCACAAUUUCCCUCUGUUUUAAUCGUUCCUCAAUUUCCCUUCACUCAGUUAAUUUUGAAAUUGCCAGGGAAAUGGAAUGAGUUCCAUUUCUGUUCUUCUUGGUUCUCAAUCUCUUGCUUCCCUGAUCCUUGGAGUUCUCCGGGAGGAAAAAAAACUGGAGGUAUGUGCCUGUUGAAUAUGAACAAAAAAUAUCUCUCCUGUGAAUGUUCAUGUGGGUUUAAAUCCAGAUGCUGGCUGAUAGUAAAUGUAAAAUGGAAUUACCUUCCCAUUAGCUGCAACUGAUAGCCCAUGUUUAUUCUAAGGAAUUAAGAUAUUAGAUGACCCUAACCCUAACCCUACCAUUAUUUUAUCCAAGCAAUCUUGUGCUGUAGAUUAGGUUGAAAGAUACUGAUCAAACUAAGAAUUUGUAACUGUAUAUCCUGCAUAAAAACUUCACUGAACGUUGAUUUCUUAUAGCUUUUAGUACCUUCCAAAUAAAAAGAGGACAUAGUUGCAUUCUUCUGAGUGCUACCAGCCAUUUGACUCUAGGCAGAUGGUGUGCAAUGGAUGACGAGGAGAAGUGAUGGGGGGGGGAAUCAAAAGACAAAGUGGUAGAAGAGAGGAAGAUAGAGGGGGAAAGGUUAGGUGUU